UGACCACAAGGAACUGACAUUUUCUGAUGCUUUCACCGUCAGACUGGCCGUGUAUUCUUGCUCCCUUGACUACCAAUCAUUGUCCAGAACUGCUGACGUGUCUCGCCUACCAGAUCACCACCAUCCGAGAAGCUCAUUCUAUGGUAACCACGCUCCUCGUGGCUAAGUUGAUUAGGCCCCACUAGCUGACCGCACGCAAUCGGUGACCGGAAACCGGAACCCAGAAAACGGAAAGCUCGGCUCUGUUCGGUUCUUUUACCUGAUACGCCUGAUCCCAUAAGGAAUGUCAUGCGUUAUUGGGUAUAAGUUAGGCACUUAAGCGACACUACCUGAAGAGGCUCCAGGCACGUCAGCUUCACCGACAAUACCCGAAUAACGGACCAUUUCCUGGACUACCGUUCUGUCCGGUUCCACACGGUGACGUGCGGUGCAGCGCACGUGCGUCGGCGUCUAGGUGGCGCCAGAGGAGGCGCCAGGCACGUCAGCCUCACCGACAUUUCCUGAAUAGCGGGCCCAUUCAAGGACUGCGGUUCCGUCCAGUUCCUCGCGGUGACGUGCGGUGCAACGCAUGUGCUUCGAGGUCCAGUCAGGGCCGCCGGACGCGGGUGGCGAGAGGCGGGGCGGCAUGGCGUCACUCCGCGGAGCGUUCAGGCGGUUCGCACAGAAGGGCAAGGCCACACCAGUCGUCUAUCCCCUCAUGAAGCCAGUAGGCCCAGACGGUGCCCUGCCACACUACACCAAGGACGAGCUCACUGUCGCCACCAACAACUGGAAGCAUAAAAUAGGCGAAGGGGGAUUCGGGACUGUCUAUAAGGGGUACCUGAGGAGUGCCAGUGGUAGAAGCAGCAGCGUUGGCGGCAUUGCCAGCGGCGGCAGCAUUGGCAGCAGCGUCAGCGCUGGGAACAGUGGCAGCAGUGCUGGGCGGGAGGGAGGAUUGGGGGGAGAGAAGGGAGAGGGAGGGGAGCAGCUGGUGGCAGUGGCGGUUAAGAUGUGCACGAGUGGAAUCAAGGACAGCGGCAGGGAGCAGCUGAUGACGGAAGUGAUGGUGAUGACAGCAGUGCAGCACCCGUACAUCCUACGCCUGCUGGGAGUGGCCACCCUGGGGGAGACGCUAGCCAUGGUGUCUGAGUUUGUGCCCAAUGGGGACGUGGACCUGCUGCUGGAGAGAGUGCGUAACAGAACCGACUCAUUCGACUGGGCUGCGCGGAUGCGCAUAGCAGAACAGGUGGGGGAGGCGCUGGCGUUUAUCCACAGCAAGGGGUACAUCCACCGGGACUUCAAGGCCGCUAAUGUGCUGCUGGACCAGGGGAUGGUGCCGAAGGUGGCUGACUUUGGCAUGGCGCGGCUGAUAGACGACUGGAAGACACACGUUACCACUCGGGUCGGGGGCUCGCAGGGCUACAUCGACCCCAACUACCUUUCCACCGGGUUUCUCACCAACCACUGCGACACGUAUGCGUUUGGCAUCUUCCUUCUGGAGCUUCUGUCGGGCGAAUGCGCGGAGGAGAGCGGCUUUAAGGCGAUCAGAGUGGCGGCUGAAGAGCGCCUGAUCCCGCUGGAGAAGCUCGAGAGGGUCGUGAUGGACAAGACUAUCGCCGGGCAAUGGUCAGAGGAGCACGUGCGAUCCGUGCUAAAAGUUUUCAGGUUGGCAGUGUGCACCGAUUGGUCGGAUCGGCCUAAAAUGGAGCAAUUGGUAGGGAAGCUUAAGCGAGAUACGGGCAAAGCGAGUGGAUUGAGGGACUCGGAAGGAUGAUCUCUCAAACAAUGUGAAGGGUUUGUGGUGUGGGUUUUAGCUAGGUUGCAACAUUUAGGUUGAAAAACUUCAGUGGUUGUAACGCGUGCAGAACACUGCAUCGGACUCGGCUUCUGCUUUUCCGGAAAGGCAUCUUAUAGCGGAUAGCGAGAUUCACCUAGUCUCGCGAAGUUGCCGGCUUGCCUUGUCCUUGACCUAUGCGGAGGGAGCAGUGCAGGACAUGUUUGUCAACUCCCGG